AAUGUGAAAUAGUGAAAGAGGUGUUCAAUAUAAAACACAUUCUUUCAAAUCAAGAUGAGUCGGAAAACCAACUGGGCGACUCACUGAGAAGAUUGGAGUCGAUGGCAUUGUCUAUUGAAAUCCUAAAGGAAACUAUGAUUGGCAGAAAUGUCAAAUGCUUGCAGAAGCACAAGUCCAAACCAAUUAGCUCCAUGGCGAAGAAGCUUGUCAGAAGGUGGAGAGAAGUUGCAGAUGAAUGGAUGAAAAGUGCUGGAGAAGUUGCUGUAGAUACCAUGGCAGCCGCAGUGGAGCAAAUCCAGAAUCAUAGAAUAGAGCAGCCAUUCAAACUGGAUGACAGACAGUAUAGCAAACAAGAAACAAAAAGUGGUGCUCAAAAUCACAUUGUGAUCAAUCAUAGGAGACGGCGAGUUGUAAGCCAGAAGCAGAAUUUGCACCAAAAGUUAGAUUUCAACAAGCCUAGCUCUCUUCCACUUCCUUCAUCACAUAAAUCAAACUCUCCUGCUCUUGAUGAUAAAUCUGUAAGAGAAAGGAUUGAAGCAGCAAAGAGAAGGCUUCAAGAAGGGUACCGACAAGCUGAAAAGGUGAAGAAGCAACGCACGGUUCAGCUUAUCGAAAUCAAAGACCUGCCUAAGCAAUUAUCAUCACCAGUGGAUGAAGAAUUGAAUUUGGGCAGCUUAUUAUGCCAGCAAUUAGAUGAAGCAUCUUGGUGUUUUCUCUCAAACAAAUGUAAUUUACUAGCAAAAACGAUCAGCGCUUAUAUUACUAGCAAAAACGAUCAGUCGGCCUUUGGAGAAUCAUCAGUUUUAUCGUAG